GAAAAGCCAGAGUAUCACCAGCCUACAUUUCGUGAUUUUUGGGCCAAGGAGACAGCCAUCAAUGCCUUCCUGCAAGCCAAUCCUGCGAGUUACGGUAAAAAGAACGGCAUGUGGUAUGCAUCGCCGGGUAAUCAAGGCUGGGGCUCAAAACCAGCCAGUCGUAAGCCAUCAAUAAUGGAAGCGGAUUUGGGCACAUUAUCGACCACAUCGGGCUCGAUAAAACGCAGUGCUGGCCGUGUCAUACGUAUUAUCAAUAAUUUGGAUCACUCAGUUCAGUGCCGUGUCCUGCUGAAUCUACGCACUUCACAGCCAUUUGAAGAAGUGCUCGAAGAUUUGGGUCAAGUGCUGAAAAUUAAUGGAGCCAAGAAAAUGUACACAGGCACAGGACAAGAGGUACGCAGUUUCUCCCAAUUACGCAAUGAAUUUGCUGAUGUGGAUACCUUCUAUUUGGCCACUGGUACAGCUUUAAUUGCCGGCUCGCCCAUAAGGCGUUCGCGCUCUAGACCCUCGGUUAUGGCUGCCGCUCCCAUACUUCCAACUGAAGAGCUUCCAAAGGUUCCUUUGCGUGGGGCCCGACCGCGCAGUAAAAGUCGCCCACGUAUUUUAUACGCACCCGAAAGUGAAAUUUUACGCACAAAUGGUGAAUACAGCAUGUUGGAUAUGAUGAAGGAGGAUCCAACAAAGGUCACUAUAAGAGGCUUGAGACGCACCUUUUAUCCACCAUUACAUCAUGCACCGGCUGAUAAUACACCACCGGAUAAGAAAUUACAAUUGCAGUGGGUCCAUGGCUAUCGUGGCAUCGAUGCCAGACGUAAUCUAUGGGUUUUACCCUCUGGAGAACUUUUAUACUAUGUGGCAGCUGUAGCAGUGCUACUUGAUCGAGAGGAGGAUGCACAGCGUCAUUACACGGGACAUACAGAGGAUAUUAUGUGCAUGGAUGUACAUCCCUCAAGAGAACUUGUGGCUUCAGGACAGAAAGCAGGAAGGGAUCGUAAAUCGCAAGCUCAUGUGCGUAUAUGGAGUACAGAGUCUUUGCAAACAUUAUAUGUAUUUGGUAUGGGAGAACUGGACACAGGAGUGACAGCAGUAGCCUUUUCACAAUUGAAUGGAGGCAGUUAUAUAUUGGCAGUGGAUAGUGGACGGGAGAGUAUACUCUCGGUGUGGCAAUGGCAAUGGGGUCAUCUACUGGGCAAAGUUGCAACUCUACAAGAAGGUCUAUCGGGAGCUGCAUUUCAUCCUCUCGAUGACAAUUUAAUUAUCACUCAUGGGCGUGGCCAUUUGGCAUUUUGGCAUCGUCGCAAGGAUGGCUUCUUUGAACGCACCGAUAUUGUUAAACAACCCUCGCGUUCCCAUGUUACCAGUGUGCAGUUUGAACCAGAUGGUGAUGUUAUAACUGCCGAUUCAGAUGGUUUUAUCACAAUUUAUUCAGUGGACUCUGAUGGUGCCUAUUUUGUGCGCACCGAAUUUGAGGCCCACACAAAAGGCAUUGGCUGCCUGAUAAUGUUGGGAGAGGGCACUCUUUUGUCGGGAGGUGAAAAGGAUCGUAAAAUUGCUGCUUGGGAUUCCCUGCAGAAUUAUAAGAAAAUUGCAGACACAAAGCUUCCAGAAUCCGCUGGCGGAGUACGCACCAUCUAUCCCCAACGCCCGGGGCGUAACGAUGGCAACAUCUAUGUGGGCACUACACGCAAUAACAUUUUGGAGGGUUCCUUGCAGCGACGCUUUACCCAAGUUGUUUUUGGCCAUGGCCGCCAGUUAUGGGGCUUGGCCGCACAUCCUGAAGAUGAUCUGUUUGCGACAGCGGGUCAUGAUAAACACAUUGCCUUGUGGCGCAAAAGUAAACUUAUUUGGACCAUACAGACGGGUUAUGAAUGCGUUUCACUGGCAUUCCAUCCGUUUGGCACAGCCCUGGCUGCAGGCAGCACUGAGGGCCAUUUGCUGGUGAUUAAUUGUGAAAAUGGAGCUGUAAUGUUGACACUGAGAGUUUGUGGAUCGCCAAUCAAUUGUGUGGCAUUUAAUCAAGUUGGUGACAUGAUUGCCAUGGGUUCGCAAAAUGGUAGCAUUUAUCUUUUCCGAGUCUCACGAGAUGGUUUCUCCUACAAGAAAGUCAAUAAAAUACGUGGAUCUCAACCACUCACUCAUGUGGACUGGAGUAUGGAUGGUAAUUUUGUGCAAACAGUGACGAUAGAUUUCGAUUUGCUUUUCUGGGAUGCAAAAUCACUGAGUCCCGAACGUAGUCCCAUUGCCAUGAAAGAUGUCAAAUGGUUGAGCAGUAAUUGCACAGUGGGCUUUUUGGUGGCCGGAAUGUGGAGUAAUCGCUAUUAUGCCAAUAGCAAUACAAUAAUAUCCACCUGCACCAGGUCGGCGGCACAGGAUAUGUUGGCCUCAGGAGAUGCAGAUGGUUAUAUACGUUUGUUUAGAUAUCCUUGCAUAAGCCCUAGAGCGGAAUUCCAUGAAGCCAAGGUCUAUUCGGGCAUGGUGGCCUGUGCCCGGUUUUUAUAUGGUGACCAAUCUCUUGUAACUGUGGGCGGCACUGAUGCCUCAUUGAUGGUCUGGGAUUUGGUAGAGGAAUAGCUGAAAUGGCCACCGUGGCGUACAACUGCACAGUAUGAGGCCCGCUACUCAGACUACUGGCGUCGUCGCACCUCCAAACAAUCCUCCACUGUGUUGGACAGCGAUUCUUUGGAAUACCAGUAGUGAGAGUAGUAUCACCUGAGAAUUACCCCAAUCCUUCCUCCCUCCCACACAUAGACACACACUCGGAACCACAAACACACAAAAAAAUUUAAUUUUUCUAAUUUCGAUAUCAACAGAAAACGAAAAAAGGCUUUUUUAAGAGUAGUUUUUAAAAAAAGGAAAAUUUAACAAAAAAAAAAAUAUUUGCAAGAAUUUUGAAAAAUAGGAUAUUAACUAGAAAACCAAACGGUAAAACUUCCAAGAAAAACACAGCUUCCCUGAUUUGAAAUAUGAAAUAUAAUUUGGUCUUCCUUUAUUGUUUUUUUUUAGUUAUAGCCUAAAUCGACAUUUUUUAAAAUUUUUAAGUUAACUACCUCUUCUUUUCUAGCUGUCAUUUAUCUCCAAUAUGUAUGUCUUCUCUUAAACUUCCCUUUUUAUCCCUUUCCUUCACCCUCCCUCUCCUCUCUCUCUCUCACUCUCUUACUCUUACUGACUACAGCCCCCUACUCUACAGACUAUAAGCCACUGGUGGACUUAAUAUCUUUGACUAAUACCUACAGAUAACUCAGCCAUUUUUUAUACAUUUCAUAUUUCACUUGACCUUUUUUUGGAAUAUACAUACAAUAUUUUUCAAACCCCAUUUAUUAAAAUGCGGGCUAAACUCCAAAGAAAAAUAAUACAACAAAAAUCCUCCAUUUUAAAAUCGUUAAAAAUCGUCUAGAGCUCCAUUUGAGUAGUUUCAAACAAAAACAACAACAAAACCCCACAAGUGCACUUCAAUUCAUUGAAAAGUAAAAAUUAGCAACAAAAAACAACUAAAAAUAAUAAAAUAAAAGUUGAAUGCAACUAAACCAAAA